AUGAAUGUAACCCUUGUAAACGAUCGUUCAGAGCAGUAUAUUAGAAAUCAACUAGUAUUUUUUGACCGCAAAUGGAUGCUGCAAUUGCGUUUCUUUUUGGGCACUAAAUUUGAUAAAUUAUUUGAUAAAGAAGGAAAAUCAAAGGGGAGAUUGCUUGAAGAUGAGAUUGGUAUGGUUAACAUUGGAAUUAUGGAAAACGCGUUAAAGGAACGUUUAAAAGAAUUGUCAAAAUAUGUAAAGGGCAAAGAGAAAAAUAAAAAAGAAGCCUCAUUUUUAACUUUGAUAUAUGAUAUAGCUGUUUUGGACAUAAAUAGAAAACAUGACAAACCUUUGGCUGUUUUAGGCAAAAAAGAAAAACAACUAAUCUCGAAUUAUUACAAAAAUAAAGAAAUUGAAUUGCCAGAAAAUAUAGUAGAGUUGUUAGAUGAAAAUAUUAUUCCAGACUCUAAAGUGAAAGAUUUAAACAAAAAAUUAAUAGGGAGUAAAAAAGUUGGAGUUCCUUUUGAUUUAUUUUUUUGCGCUGGUGGAGUAAAUGACAAGAUACGCGAGAAAUAUUUGGGCAAGUUUUGUUUAAAAGAAAAUAUAAAUUAUGGGGUUGUUGUUUUUGACAAAAAAUAUUCGGACAAGGUCUUUGAAGAAAACAUUGCCUUCUUAUUUAAUGACCCAAUGACGGAGAUGGAGACACAUCUAUCAAAGCAAAAUAUAAAUGAAUUGAAAACUGAUUUUCUUUCUGUAAAACUUAAAGAAAAUUAUCUAAAUUUGAAAGAAAAGAUUAUUAAAGGAAUUGAGGAAGGGGAGGAGAAGAGUAAGAAUAAAAUAGAGGAGGAACCUCAUCAAACAUCGAAAGAAAAAAUAGUUGCAACUAUUUUUGAGUCAAACUCGACGUUAUUUAUUACAUCAAAAACACCUUUGGCAUUGGUAGAGUUUAUUGAAGAAUUUAAAAAUGAAAGAAACAAGCUGGCUAAAGAGUUUUGCGAGAUCAAAGGUUGGAGCUUAAAGAAGAAAAAAAUUAAAAAAGUUUUGAAAAAAUAUGACGAUUUUUAUGAUAAAUUGCAGAAAAGAUGGGCUAAAGCUGUUUUAGAAUAUUCAUAUCAUAAAGAGUUGGAAAGAAGAGGAUUGACAGGUGUGGAUAAUGAAACAGCUGUUAAGCAAGUAGUUGUUAUGGAGGAAGGUAUAAAAGAGAAGACAAAAUCAGAGAGAAAACAUAACGCCAAAGAAAUUGGUCAAGAACCACAAAUUCUUAAAUUUAACCCUUACAGUAUAAAUACAAACACAUUCUGGUUGGCAAUUUAUGGAAUUGAAAACCCUGUAAAAGUAAUUUCUGGAAAAAGAGAUUCGGCAAUUAUUGCAGCUAUAGGUGAUGCAAAUACAAGUGCUAAUCCUAAGACAGUGAGUGGUAUGAGCACAGGCAAGUUCCUAAUUUAG